AUGUCCUUCUUCGGCUUCGAUACCACUCUCCCGAGGGAUCGAGCUGCCCCGGGCGACCAGAGGGGUAUUUUCGAUACCCCUGAUCCGUUUGCCGAAGUCGCUCGCGCCAGAGCUGAAGGCCUCCAGGAUGAAGACGACGAUGCCAUCGAUUUUGAGGAUACGUAUGACGGUUUAGGUGAUCGCCUCGACGAUGAUCAGGAUGCCUUCAACGAUGAUACCUUUGGCGGUGGCCCCGAGCCCGUUCCAGUUGGCAAGGAUUUUGACUUCUUUGGAAAAACCGCUCUGGUCGCGGAUGUCAUCGGCGAGGAACAGGUCCGCUACAGCCUCCAACAGCCUCCCCAGGGCCCGGUGUCAGGUCUGGCUGCCGAGAUUCCCCAAGCAAACGAGGCAGUUCAGCAGCCGAAACGCACGGGAUAUGAGAAGUACAAUGACCCGGGCUACAUUCCGGACCUGCAGGCCAAAUCCAGUGUCUGGGGCGUGCAGAAGAAGCCGGAACCCUCGGGCCCAGUCCCUCAACAAGCCAAGAAGAUGCUGAGCCUGGAAGAGGUAGAAGCGCAGCUGCGUCAUCCUGCGAUGCCAUCUCAGCUGCCCGUGUCGCUGCCGCAAUCGAUGCCUGAGCCGUCUCAUCCCCUGCAGCAGCCUCAGCAUAUCCCCGGACUCCCCGACGGAUUCCCCCACCUGCCACCGGAGUUCAUCCAGGCGCAAUUUGCAAAGGGUAUACCACCGGCGCAACUAAUGCAUCAUCCCGCGAUGGUCCCAGAACCGUUUCCUCUUCCGGGGCAUGCGCCGAAUAUUCCUUUACAUCUUCUCCAAAAUGCGAACCUCCCGCCGCAGCACAUGGGACCCCCGCCCCCUCCUCCCCAACGCCAAGCGAUCCCUCCCCGCGCACAGCGAGCCCAGCAACAGCAAAUGCCGUCCCAGGGUGCUCGGGGAGCCGCCAAUAACUCCUUGCCGUUGAUCACCAACCCCCAGCAGUUGAUGCAUUUGACGGAAGAGCAACGGAUAGCAUACUUGAUGGAAGACGCCAAGCGUGCCAAGCGCAAUCAUAAGAUCUUUCUUCUGUCAAGAGGCAACGGCCUGAUGACCCCUCAAGACAAGAACUUCAUCACCCGGAUCCAGCUGCAGCAGUUGGUGGCCGCGGCCGGAAACGUUGCCGAUUCGGAUUCGGAAGCGAUCCUGGCCGAGGACUUCUACUAUCAGGUUUACAGCCAGAUCCGUGGUGCUCCCCGGCAGCAUCCUCACCAGCCCCUCGGUCAUUUUGCGCAGACCUACCUCCUGCAAACAGGCAACCGCCUGGGUGGUCAUGGAUCCAGACGACAGGCCCAGAGCGCGGACAAUCACAUGCAGAGGAUGCAGCAGCAGGUGCAGCGUGCAGUUGAGGCUGCCAAGGCAAAGCCGAAGAACAAGCAGCUGAUCAUCGAAGGAAGUUUGGGCAAGAUUUCCUUCAGCAAUGCGAAGACACCGAAGCCGAUGCUCAACCUCAAGCGGCCGGAGAGCUCCGAUGGAGCAAAGACUACCAAGAAGCCCCAUGCCGACUUGAGUGUCAGUGACCGGAAGUCCAUCCUCACUAACAUCGAGGGUGUCUACAGCACACUGAUGGAGCUGGAGGACAUGGAGCGCACAAUGCCUCCUCCACCGGAUGAGAAUGACCCGGAAGCUAUCCAAGAGCAUCUGGAAUGGCGGCAACGAGUCCGCUCGCUGAACCAAAAGCUGUGGCAACAGCUCAAGGUCAUGGAGCCUAUUGUCCCUAACACGAAUACUCCUCACCCAUUCAUCGCUUUCCUUUCUUACCCCAAGGGCAAGAAGGCCAUCCCGCGCAUCUUCCGACACAUUGAUCAGGAGCAGAGAGUUACAAUCCUUACCAUGAUCGUUGUACACCUAGACACCUUGGAUGUUGUUCAGCGCGCACAGCCCGUGCCCGGCGAGACGCAGCCUUCUUUGGCCGUUCGGGAGGCCAUUGACCUCUUCUCCCAGGCCGUCAUGCCCAGUCUACUCGGCUACGUCAACGAGGCGCCCUUCAACAUCAUCAUUGGACUUUUGGGACUUGUCAUCGCGCAGACGCAUGUGCAUCUGGUGGCUAAGACUCGUAUUGGACUCGGAAUUCUCACCAUGCUGCUCAGCCGAGCAGAGAUUGUCAAGGAAGCCGGACAGGCUUCGGAACGAGACUGGCAGCAGUGGGUGGAGAAAUUCAAUGUGCUAUUCGACACUCUGGAACCGACUUUUGGCGAUAUCUUCCCCGGAUCGAUUAAUACCGGUGACGACAUGUAUGUUUGGCAGUUCUUGGCUGCUGUUGGUAUUGGAGCUAGUCCGGACCAGCAGCAGCGCUUGGUCAUUGCCGUGAAGGACCGUGUGAUGGAGACUGUGACAUACAGCAAGACACUUCCUGUGGAUAUGGGGGCCCAGCGACUUGGAAAUGUCAACCUCUUCAUGCGUGCCAUCGGUCUUGACGUUGAACUGCUUGGUUAA